AUGGCUCAUCGACCUGAAGCUGCUAUCCCGACUGAUGUUCCUCCUUUUGCCAGGCCGUUGGCUCCUUACAUCCGAACUCGCCAGGAAGCUCUCCACAUCCGACAGGCUUUGACCUCAUACCUUCGUUCGCAAAUAGAUUUCGCGGAUCAUGACUCCGAAAAUCCCAAUUGUCAUUCCCAAUCUCAUCUUACCCUCUGCGUACCGCAGGAUGCUGUGGUCAAUGUCAAGCGAAUUCCAGCAGAGUUGACCGGGCUGAGGAAGGAAUACUUGCAAGCACUUCAGGCGAAUCUAGCCGCGCGGAAGGAGUAUGAAUCAUUGUCUGAGAAAGUCGCGUCGGCAAAAGAGAGAAGAAAAGGUUCAAAGACCGAGUCUCGAUCUAUCGACCACAGUUCAGAACUACAGACAUACCUCCGACUGCUUCGCGAUCGCCGUCGACAUGCGAAAUUGCAGGUCUUUCAGCAUUACCUACAAGAGCUCAAAGAACGAGACUUGAAUAUCUCCGAGCGCAUCGGUGACCGAGCGAGCCGAGACCAGCAAAUCGUGUCUUUGGAGAAGUCCGAGGAGGAAUGCAAAUCGACGGAACGUGGCGCAGACGAUGGCAUUGAAGGCUUGGUACAUAAACUGGAAAGGGCCGUGAUCCGUGUCAAGGCUCAACUGGAUCGAGAGAGAGAGCUGUUGGAGGAUUUGAAGUCGCAGCACGCGUCAGACAGUGAAGAUGUACCACCGGCAGUCAAAGUCGCGGCACUGCAGCGCACGCGGGAUGAGCUGGUACAAUGGGUUGAGGAGAAAUUAGUGAGCGUGGGUAACGCCGACGAUGCUCCAGUGCAGGAUCUUUCCCCCGAGGAGAUCGAGGAGUCCACACGGUUGGUCGAAGACCAAAAGGCAGAGAUUGCGGUGCAGUAUGUUGCCUACGUCGAAGCACGCAAGCUUUUGUUGGAUGCUGCUUCCCGGGCCUGUCAGCCUGUCACGAUGGCAUCUAUGAAGCCAUCACGCCAAUCGGUCGACCUGGGGAAGCUCGCAACUGGGGAUCGAUCAUCAGUGGAACCGUUGGAGGUUCUGUCUUUCGCAAGCGAGAUUCUCCUUCCACUAUCUAAGACGCAGCGAGCAUUGGCUCUGCAGAAGAACUACGUAUCGGGGAUGCUGACGAAGGAAAAGUCUACGACUCUCCGUAUUCUAAAUCGCUUGAGCGAUGAGAGUCACCUCCUUCCGGAGUACCCCCUCUUGACUCAUCAACCACGUUUCAAGCACAUCAAUUUGAGACAUGCGACGAGCGCGACUGACGAAGUUGUUACUUUAGCUGAAUCAUGGGCCUUCGCGUCCGAAGCGGCAGCGACGAGCGAACACCAGUACGUCGAAGAGAAGCUGGCAGAGGGCCAAGAGACGGCUACAGACGCAGAGCAUGUACUGCAGGAGGUAUACAGCAUGUUGAACCAGGAUCUCGAGGAGACCUUGCGAGAUACGCAGUCAUCAGAAGAGGACUCGAAUGACAUCUGGGCCUUUGAGGCUCGUUCGACUCGGUCUCGCACAAGGGCAACCCGAUCACAAAAGCAACUCCGAGGUCCAUGGGCCAAGCUCAAUGGACAAUUGGGUAUCGCUGAGUGA